UCAGGCAUUUUGAAAUUACGCCAACUCAAGAACCUACAAUGGCACAAAGAAUUGAAAAGAGUCUCUUCCUCGUUCUGGUGACCAUUUUCUUGGCAAGAGCAGCAGCACAGUCAAGUUGCACAAAUGUGAUAAUAAGCAUGUCCCCGUGCCUGAAUUACAUUACUGGGAACUCCUCGACCCCAUCUUCAGGAUGCUGCUCGCAGCUCGCUACCGUUGUCCAAUCAUCCCCACAGUGUUUGUGCCAGGUCAUUAAUGGCGGUGGAUCAUCACUGGGGGUCAAUGUUAAUCAAACUCAGGCUCGCGCUCUACCCGGUGCUUGCAAUGUUCAGACUCCACCCCUCAGCCAGUGUAACGCUGCUUCUCCAGCUGACUCUCCUGCAGGAACACCCGAUGAUUCAUCAAACACAGUUCCUUCAGGAAGUGGAUCUAACACCGUACCAUCAACUGACGAUGGCUCAUCAGAUGGAAACUCCAUCAAGUUGUCUAUGACUCAGCUCAUUGUGCUCUUUGCUGCAGCAUUUGCUACUUUCUCAAUGCACUGAUUUUCUUUUCUGUUAGCCCACCUCUCAGGCUACACAUA